AUCACCACCACUUCCUUCUCACACCUCCCCCUCAUAAACGGCACGCAAGAUGAGGCUGUUUUCGUUGUAUUGGCUGCUUUGCGCAGCUUCGUCAACGGUCGCUGCAGCAUCUACUGCUGCGAAGGUUUACGUUUUCGACAGCGAAUCUGGACCGUUGGACUCAGCAUCAAGCCUGGACACGAUUGACGCUGCGACAGCACGUUUGAUUCUCGCACAAAGACUGGGCCUAGGACAAUAUCAUAGCAUUUUAGGCGUGGACGACGAGUCAAUACGACAGAUCAAUGCAUUCAGCUCGAAGCAACAAGCACUGUUUGGAUAUGAUAGGCAAUCGAAGCCAGUCUCGAGACUGCUGAUUGUGAUUGAUGGCAUGGAUGAGCAAGAUUUCCCAACUCUGAAAGGCUUCCAGACGUUCUCGAUCUCUCCUGCGCCUCAUCCCGAAGAUAGCUUCCAGCUAUUCUCUACGUUCGCCUCGGAAGCGGCAAGCAUUCCGACGGUUGAUGGAGAUGACCACCAGUUGCUGAAAGCACUUGCCGCUGAGGCAGAGCAUCCCGAGAACACGCUUAAAGCAUUUGCCAACAGACGGGUUCUACUGCAUGUUAAGACAACUAAGGGAGUAGAGCAGCUCGAUCUGUUAGGCAAGACACUGCAAGACGUUUACAGCCUGGCACUUGAGCGGAAGAUGUCGCUUUCGAUUAUGUUCAUCCCACGAGCUUCGAAGUCCACCAAGACUUCUAAAAAUCCCUUUGGCCUGACCAAGCGUGCCGCAAAGGCGCAAAGAGCCUCCCAAGAACAACCCCUGAUAUCCAAGCAACAAUCAGCCUCAUCACCGGGGGCAUCCCUCGUAGAGGAAGAGUUCGUGUCUCCAUUUCUCGCCAGCAAGGUCCUCAGUGGCCCUAUCCCAACGUGCUUCUCAUCACGUUCAGCCUGCGAACGUGGCACAAAUAACUGUACUAGCCACGGCUCAUGUAUACUCAAGUGGAGCACAGAGACUACCAAUGAGGGUGGCAGUGUGUCGAAGCAGGACUGCUAUGGGUGCGCGUGCACCAAGCCAGAGGUGCGUACCAACUCAGAUGGCAGCAAGAAGACGACGAAGUUUGGCGGCGCAGCGUGCCACAAGAAGGAUGUUGUCUUUCCAUUCUGGCUUCUGGCUGGGACGACAAUCUUUUUGAUGGGUAUUGUUGGUUUUGGGUUGAGCAUGUUGUACGAGAUGGGCAACCAGGAGUUGCCAAGCGUAAUUGGGGCUGGUGUUAGUGGUCCAACUGCAAGGUGAAUUGGAGGGGUGACAACCCUGUAAUUAGACGGAAGGUUAAAAAUUGUGAGAGUGGCAGUUCACUGUCGCUUGGAUGUAUCUAUCUAUUAUCCGGGCGUUUUGAGAAAGAAGGCGAAGACGGUACGUGCUUGUACGGUACGGAUCUUGAUAUAUUUUGCAGUAUUCGGGUACGCAGUAGUCCAUCAACAGAAUGUUUGUCCAAAGCCAACGAAUUACGG